GCGACAUGGGCAGCCGAGAGAACAAGAAUCAGAAGAGGAAGCGGAGGAGGAGAUCGACUCUGCUACCAGCAGAUGGGUCACAGAGGCCGUGGCGCAUGCGCGGGAGCUGAUGAAGGAGAGGCCGCGGGGCGCGCCAGAGGCGGCCUCGCUGCUGAGCUCGGUGCUUCUGCGGGUGCCAGCGCUCUGGGCCGAGCUCUCGCAGGAGACGUUGAUGGCCUUUGCCAGCGGAGACAUUUCCGGCGACAGGAGCCACAGUGGCGGUUCUGCCUUCGUGCCUAAGAACGCCGACCUGGCAGCGAAGACGAGGCGGCUGCUCUUGGCCAGCGUGGCCGCGGUCAUCGCCGAAAAGCCGCCGAUGGCCUCUGUGGCGUUGCUUUGCCUGCUCGGAGAGGCCGAGGCAGAUGAGGGCCGUUUCAUCGCGGCCUUCCAGACACUUCGCCGGGCUCAGGCGCUGGCGAGGCAAAGCAACACCAACGGCGACCGAGCGGAGGCGGCGCUGCAGGGCCUGCGCGCGGCAGCGCUGCAACGGUGGCACUUCCAGAUGAUCAAUGACGUCCCUCGAGGGGAGCAAUACGGCCGAGCCAUCGAGAUGGCGGUGGCAGAGCUGCUGCCCCAGGCGCCCACGGGCCUCCUGGCGUUGGACAUCGGCGCUGGCACUGGCCUGCUCUCGCUGAUGUGCGCCCGGCUGAAGGGCGUGCGGGAAGUCCACGCCUGCGAGAUGAACGAUGCACUGUGCGCCGUGGCCCGGGAGGUGAUCGCCGCCAGCCAAAGUUGCUGUCCCGUGACGGUGCAUCCUGUGGUCAGCACCUCCCUGCAGCCCAGGGAGAAGUUCGACCUGAUCUUUUGCGAGGUCUUCGAUGCAGGGCUUCUGGGGGAGCACGCGCUGCCAACGCUGCUUCAUGCCAAAAAGGCGUUGCUCAAGGAGGGCGGCAUCCUGGUGCCGGCCAGGGCCACGCUCUUCGGGCAGGUGGUGGAGGCCCCUGGCCUGCUGGACCGCUUCUCGGUGCGAUCUCCUACCGGGGCCGCGCUUGCUGGUGCGCGUUUGCAAAAUAGUGAGCGCUACACCUGCGAGACUAUGUGGGCAGUGCCUCACAAGAAGCUCACAGAAGCUGCAAAGCUUGUGACCCUGGAUUUCCACCAGAUCGAAUACUUGUACAGCAACCUCGGCAACUGGAUCGAUCCCCCUAUCGAGCUCUCGGUGUGUAGAACUGGUGAAGCGCACGCCUUCGUUUUCUGGUGGGAGCUGGAGCUCGACGCACAUGGCCGCUGCAGGAUCCACACCGCGCCGGAAGGCGGCUCAGAAUCCUGGCAGCAAGCGGUGCAGCCAAUGGCAAAGGCAAAGCUUCAGGAGGGCCAGAAAGUACAGCUCCACCUGCGUUUGCAGGCCGACGGCAUGGAGGUGGCCCUGCAGGAAGCCUCUGGCCAGAUUGCCAGCAUCGAGCCGACGGAUGUGCCUGAGCUACAGCUUGAGGAGGAAGAGCUUCUGCGCUUCAACGACGCCAAGCACUGGCAGAUGGUGCAGACCGCCCUUCAAGCUGCUUUCCAGAGGCUUGAGAAGCGUUCGGUGCAGCUCGUGGACAUUUCCGAGUCCCUCCCCUUGGCGCUGCUGCAGUCUGCCAGCUCUGACAGCUGCGUGGCAGGAGUGCGCGGCAACACCGAGAAGGAGGUGAUGAAGGCCCUAUUGGCCGCACAUUCCAUCGACAACGAGAAGGUCUUCCUGCUGGUGGCCUCUCCUCAACAAGUGAUCCAGGCGGCCCUGCCAGUUCCGUAUCCUUUGAAGGAGGAUGGGCAAUCCAUUGCUUCCAUUGUGCUCUGUGAGGACGUGGUCGCCGCCUCUGGUGCCUUGCGUUCGGAAGCCUUGGAGGACUUGGCCUUGCUGUGGCGGAGCUGCGCAGGCAAGCUCCAGCGGGAGGUCCUCGUAGUUCCGGAGGCCAUCACGCUGAAGCUAGCGCUGAUCCAGAGCCACGAAUUGGAGAGGAGGACGCGGGUGGUGGAGCGUCCUGGAGGGGUUGACGUGUCCAGCGUCAACGCCCUGAGCGUGCCUGAGUUUCUGGGCCUGGAGGAAUCCCUGCUGCAGCUGCAAUGGCUCAGCGCUGAGGUGGAGGCCCUGACGCUGCCGCUGGGGGAGCCUUUGCUGACGGCGUUGGCGGCGUUGAGCGCCACAGGCGACAAUGGCCAACCCUUGCUGCGGGUGAAGCUGGUGGCAAGCUGUGCGGGGAAGGUCCAUGGCAUCGCCACCAAGUUCUCGUGGGCAGGUGCUUCGGAGCCCGGCCACCAGCUGGCGGGUGUGACCUGGCCUGGGCUGCCGCCAGAGCUGGAGGCAGGGGAUGCUGUCUUCGCCUCGGUGCGUUACUCUCCCUGCCGGGGUUUGGUGGCCGCAGACUCAGCCGCAGAUGCCGAAUCCCAAUAG